AUGAAGCCUUAUGACAGGUCUAAGGACCCCAAGGACUAUGUGGAGGUCUUUGAAAGCCUCAUGGACUUCCAAGUGGCAUCAAACGCCAUCAAGUGCCGAGCUUUUCAGAUCGCUCUCAUAGGGAGCGCUCGACUUUGGUACAGAAGGUUGCCGGCAAGGUCGAUCUCGACCUACAACCAGCUGAGGAAAGAAUUCAUUAGCCAAUUCUCUUCUCGGCAUUAUAACAGAAAGACUGCCACUCACCUAGCUACCGUCCGACAGAAAGAAGGCGAGACCUUGAGAGAGUAUGUGACUCGCUUCCAAAAGGAGCAGCUUAAGGUUGCACAUUGCUCCGACGAUUCGUCCAUGUGCUACUUCCUUACCGGCCUGGCCGACGAGACUUUGACAGUCAAGUUAGGCGAGGAAGUGACGUCGACCUUCGUUGAAGUUCUACAGAAGGCCAAGAAAGUUAUAGACGGGCAGAAGCUGCUCAGAACCAAGCUAGGCCGGGGUCGAUCUGAUUACAAGAGAUCCGACUCGGACUCCAACUGUCGGGGGCCUUAUGACAGGUACACCCCGACCACCAUUCCAAUCUCCGAAAUUCUAACCAAUAUCGAGGAGAACGGUUUGGAAAAACUCCUCAAGCGACCUGAUAAGCUUAGGGGAGACCCAGAGAAGCGCAACAAAGACAGGUACUGUCGUUUCCAUCGUGAUCAUGGUCAUGAUACCUUGAGUUGCUGGGAGUUGAAGCACCAGAUUGUGGACCUUAUUCAAGAUGGCUACUUCAAAAAGUAUGUUGAUAAGCCGGGCUCGGCAGGGAAAAAGAAGAGAGGAAACGUUCAAGGAUGCCACCUCGAAGGGAUGACCGACCUGCGGUCAUCAAUACCAAUUUUGGUGGCCCUAGUGGGGGCUAGUCUGUGA